GAGCCAAUUGCAAUUAUUGGAAUGGGCUGUCGUUUGCCCGGUGGGAGUUCCUCCAGCUCCAAGCUUUGGGAUCUGCUGAAAGCCGGUAUCUCUGCUCAAGGACCAUUUCCAGCGACCAGAUUCAACAUCGAUGGGUUCUAUCACCCAAACAGUGAGCGGCCAGGCAGUCUGAACACUUCCGGAGGGUAUUUUAUCGAUGAAGACAUCAGGUCGUUCGAGAAUUCUUUCUUCGGCAUAAACAAUCUAGAGGCUACAUUCAUGGACCCCCAGCAACGGAAACUGCUAGAGGUGGUAUUUGAAUCUUUCGAAAGUGCUGGGCUGUCGCUAGAGCAGCUUUCAGGGGCCAACAUGGGGUGCUACGUCGGCAACUUUGUGACUGACUUCAUCACGAUGCAGCUUAAAGACGCAGAAUACACUCACCGUUACACGGCAACGGGUCUUGGAACUACCAUUCUGGCUAACCGUAUCAGCCAUGUUUUCAAUUUGAAAGGACCAAGUUUCGUGAUCGAUACGGCUUGCUCCUCCUCCCUCUACUGUCUUCACGCAGCUUGCUCUGCUCUGCUAUCAAGGGACUGCGAUUCGGCUGUCGUAGCAGGCGCCAACCUGAUCCAGUCUCCAGAGCAGCAGCUGGCAACAAUGAAAGCUGGAGUCUUGUCCAAGACUUCGACUUGUCAUACAUUUGAUUCGUCUGCCGAUGGGUAUGGAAGGGCAGACGGUAUCGGAGCACUGCUCGUCAAGCGGUUGAGCGACGCUAUCCGGGAUGGGGAUCCAGUUCGCGCCGUCAUUCGUGGAACAGCAGUAAACAGCAACGGACGGACAAACGGUAUCACUCUUCCGAGUGCUGAUGGUCAGGAAGCUGUCAUCCGGAAGGCAUACGCUCAAGCCGGCCUCGGUUAUGAUGAAACGGACUAUGUAGAAUGCCACGGCACUGGCACCGCUGUUGGAGACCCUAUCGAGGUUGAGGCUACAUCUCGAGUGUUUAAGAGGCUAGGAUCUGCUCCGCCGUUGCUCAUCGGCUCGGUAAAGACGAACUUGGGCCACAGUGAGGCGGCGAGCGGAAUUUCCAGCAUCAUCAAGGUUGUCCUGGCAUUAGAAAAAGGAGAAAUCCCACCCACAGUGGGAGUUAAAAGCAUCAACCCGAAGAUCAAGCUUGACGAGUGGAACAUUAAGAUCGUCACCGAGGCCACGCCUUGGCCGUCCAGCUCUCCCCAUAACAGUGAUGGGCGGGUCAGGAGGGCUGGCGUAAACUCGUUCGGGUACGGUGGUGCGAACUCACACGUAAUCAUCGACGCAGCCCAUAUGCAUGUUCCCUCAGAGUAUAUGCAGAGGCCAUCUGAGGAGAAGGUCACAGCCUCGGCAAGAACCACAAUUCUCUUGCCAUUCUCCGCGAACAACGAUACAGCACUGGAGCGCAGAGUCACGGAUCUGUCGUUGCUCGAUCUCCCUAAUGUCAACACCAUAGAUCUUGCCUACACCCUGGGCGUCAGACGGUCUCAUCUCCCGGUUCGAGGUUAUGUACUCGCCCGCCCAGGCCAUCAAAAAGAGGAUCUGACACUCGAAAACUUGCGUACUCGCAUACAAGGAAAGACUUACUCCAAAUUGCCUCUGGCGUUUGUCUUCACGGGCCAGGGGGCUCAAUGGCCGGAAAUGGGUCGUGGAUUGCUGGCCGAGUUUCCCAUCUUCCGGCAAACCAUCCAGAUGCUCAACUCGACGUUGCAGUCGCUGCCACAUCCACCAGCUUGGACCUUGCUGGAAACACUUCUUGAACCAGCCGAGACAAGUAUGAUCAAUCAUGCCUCGCGCAGCCAACCUAUAUGCACCGCUGUUCAAGUCGGUUUGGUGAAGCUUCUCUCAGCAUUUGGCAUAAAGCCCCAGAGUGUCGUGGGCCACUCUUCGGGUGAAAUUGCAGCUGCGUACGCUGCAGGCUAUGUGACAGCCGAGCAAGCCAUCACUAUUGCAUACUACCGCGGCUACACAGUGACACGGAGCUCCAAAGCAAUGGUUGGCGCCAUGAUGGCCGCCGGGCUUGGUCGCACCGACGCCAAUGAGAAGAUAAAGGCUCUUGGUCUCGAAAAUAAGAUCAACGUCGCUUGUGUGAACUCACCCGAAAGUGUCACCAUUAGUGGGGAUGUUGACGGCAUCCAAGAACUGAAGGCCUCCCUCGACAGCCAGGGCAUCUUCGCGAGACUGCUGAAGACAGAUGGUAAGGCUUACCACUCGCACCACAUGGCCGCACUCGGAGAAGAAUACGAGCAGCAUCUCAUCUCGGCGAUAUCUGGGGUAGACUCUAUGUCAACAGAUGGGUCUCCAGUAUCUGACCUGGGUGCAACAUGGAUCUCAUCCGUUAACGGGGAGAUAGUUGAGCAAGACGCGAUCAGUCUCUCAUACUGGCGGGCCAAUCUCGAGUCUCCCGUUCAGUUCGAGACCGUAGUCGGGAAGCUGUUGAAAGAUUUCGGUUCAUACCAUUUGGUUGAGAUUGGUCCGCACUCGGCACUGGAACUACCCAUUAAGCAGACGUACACCAAAUUGAACAUCAGCAAAGACAAGGUGCACUACAAUACAGCUCUUUCCCGAGGCAAGAAUUCGGUCACCACUGUCUUGAACCUGGUUGGAGACCUUUAUUUGCACGGCCACACCGUAUCGUUCGAGGACGUCAAUGUGGUCGGCUCGUGGCCUAUCAAGCCCGAAACCGAAUUACUACUCAAGCCGAGGCAAGGUGCGAUGUUACUAGACCUUCCCAAGUACUAUUGGGACUAUGACCCGCAACAGAAGCUUUUCCACGAGUCGCGGAGCAGUAUCGAGUGGCGGAAUAGGAAGUAUCCACACCAUGACCUGCUCGGUUCCCAGGUGCACGGUGGGAAUGGGAUCUUGACAUCUUGGCGGAACGUCCUGAAGGCAAAGGACGUGCCAUGGAUCAAGGGCCACAAGCUAGACACCACGAUUGUGGUUCCUGCUGCCGGUUACUUGGCUAUGGCUAUCGAAGCCAUGUCUCAGGUCAAAGACGUAUCGAAUGUGGGCAAUGAGGGUAUCGCGUUUGGGCUCCAUGAUAUUCACAUUACCAAGGCCCUCGUGUUACCCCAAGAGGAUGGUCUGGAUACCGGAGUUGAAGUAUUCACAACUCUACAGCCCGCCCAGGUUUCCAGGCGUGGGGGCUCCGACUGGUACCACUUCAACAUCAGCUCCUACGCCCUUGGAGAGGCCACCACUCACGCCAUAGGCCUGAUCCAGUUGACCGUAGCCUCGGAACAUGACACGACGAGUCGACUCCCUGAGAUUAAACAAGACAAUGUAGAGCCCACCGCUCCUAGGGUGUGGUACAACAAGUUUGUUGAGGGUGGCUUGAACUUCCAAGACUCAUUCCAGUCCCUGUCCCAGGUUCACGUGCACACUAAACGUCAAGAUAUGAACGUUCUGGCCAGCACGGAGCUGCGACAGGGGGGUGGAAGCGGUAUCAACUCCGAGUCCAAGUACAUGAUCCAUCCCAUCACCAUCGACGCCCUCUUCCAGGCUGGAAUCAUUGCCAGCACAAGCGGCGUCGUCCGCGAGCUUACGGCCAAAGUACCCGUUCACAUCGAGCAGAUGAUGUUAAGGCCGCCUCCUACGGGCCAGUCAGCCGUGCCAGCAAAGGAGAAGCUGAACGUCAAGGCCGUGUCGGAGCCGGUCGGCUUUGGUACCAUCAGAGUCUCGGGAGAGCUGUACGGCGACGACGGCUCGGCACUGUUGCGUAUCAGCAAAUGCCGUCUUGUCGCAUACCACAGCGGUAUUCAGCAACAGGACGAAGAUGAGCGUCACCCUAUGUUGCGUGUUCUCUGGAAGCCGGAUAUAACCAAGUUGCGUCCCAGCAACGGGGUCGAGUUUUCAUCCUACAUCGAACAGUAUGUGGCAAUAGCCGCAACUGCCGGAGAGCGUGAGGUUGCCGUUGCGCGGCUAGGGGCUAUCGUUGACCUCCUGGCACACAAAAAUCCAAAGCUGCGAAUCCUCAGCUUCUUAGCAGAGAAGGAUGAAUCGUACCUGGCCGACACCCUCAGGCUGGCUACUGCAUUCAAAAGAUGCCAGUCUCUAUGGCGGGCGUCCUACGCAGAAGAUGGGACCUUACGCUUCCAGGACUAUUCGUCCAACGGCAAGCCUGCUCAAUCAAUCAAUCGCGAGGAGCCUGAAUUCGACGUCAUACUACUGGGCCCUAGGAGCACGACUCAACUAAGCAAGGAACUCGCCUCUCUCAAAGACUUGGUCGCACCGGGCGGCGCCUUGUUGUUCGCCAGCUCGUCGAGCGAGGCAAGUGGACUGGAAGAACUCGGGUUCGAGAAAGCUCUUCAAUCGCAGCUUGGAGGGCCAUAUGAAGCUGUCCUUGCGCGUCGUCGGACGCGUUCGCUCGAGGAGAGCUUUGAUAAGAAGGGAAGAGACUCCAUCAAGGGAGAAGUUCUGAUCGUCGAGCGGAAUGAGAGUCACAGCUUCAAUGCAGUCCUCGCUGCUCAGAUCGAAAAGUCGACUGGGCGGGCAGCCCGUCGCGUAGCUCUUGAUCAAAUCACCCCCGAGCUGCUCCAGGCGCACCGCAACGUACACGUGAUUGCGACCAUCGAGCUUGAAGAUCCCCUGCUCUCGCGCGUCACUGAGGAUGAGAUGCGACUUGUGAAGAUCCUCACUGACAGCUGCGCGAACCUUGUCUGGGUGACGGGCGGCCGGCUGCUGCAAGGAUCGCGGCCGGAGCUGGGGAUCGUGUUUGGGCUCUCGCGGGCUCUGAUGCUCGAGCAGCCAUCGCUGCGUUUCUUCGUCGUUGAUGUCGACCUUGACGCCAAAUCCCCUCCUGCUGACAUCGACAUCACAGCCGUACAUGUGUUGGACGUGUUGAGGCAGGCUGUCGAGGAGCCAGAACCCGACUUUGAGUUCAUCCACGCUGUAGGCGUGCUACAUGUCAGCCGUUUCGUUCCCGCAGAAACUCUGAACAGCACAUUCCGUGAGAAACAGGGCGCUGAAAAGAAAACUCUCACACUGGGCGAGGCACAACCCUUCCGCUUGGAUAUAGAGACAGUCGGCCAGACAGACUCAAUUUUUUUCCGCCGGGAAGAGGCGACAGCUGAAACCCCUCUAGCCGCAGACCAUAUUGAGGUCUUGGUAAAGGCAAUCGGCUUGAGUACCAGGGACCUUCAAGCCAUCAGCGGUAAUGCUGAGAACAGCAGCAGCACGACCUGCACGUCUCAGUACGGUGCUGUGGUCACGAGAACUGGCAAUGGUGUGAAAGACUUUGUGGCCGGAGACCGUGUCGUCGUCAUGGCUCCUGGUUACUUUGCCACUCUAGAACGUGUUCCUGAAGGCUCUUGCUAUAAGCUAAAUGAUCAAGAAGACUUGAAGACCAUGGCUAGCCUUCCGCUCCCACUCAGCACGGCCAUCUAUGCUAUCAAUGAUAGAGCCCGUCUCCAAGCGAAUGAGUCCAUCCUUGUUCACUACAACAGCUACAGUGGUGAUGCCGGUGCCGUUUUCCCCGCCAUACGUAUUGCCCAGAAGAUCGGCGCACAGGUCUUUGCCGUCUGUGGCACCGCGGAGGACCUGGAGCAACUUCUCCAAAAUUCGAAUCUUUCACAGGACCACGUUUUUACUACUGGUGAUGCGACCUUGGUGACCAAGCUCAUGCGCGUCACUGGAUCUCAAGGAGUUGAUGUCGUCGUAUCCUUUAGCGACGAUCAACUAGAUACCGCUAUAUUUGCCGAUUGUGCGCGCCUCGUGCAGGUCGGCUCAGGGGUAUCUGGCCUCGCAGACACGGUUGCUGCGGACCCCAGCGUGCUGUACCGAAACAUUACGCUGACUACAUUUGAUAUGGGCAGCUUAAUCGCUCGGCGAACGCCGGGAGGGCAAUCGUUGCGGCAGAGGCUACUCGCCGAUGCCAUCACCCUAUACCGCAGCGGUGACCUCAAAGACCUCGGCCUUUCCCCCCGGGUCUGGGAUGUCUCCGACGUCACAGAAGCUUUCCGAGCCCUCACUCACAAGAAGGACGAGAAACACUAUCACAGUGGAGGCAUUGUUGUCUCCCUAGAGAGUGAGGAGUCAUCAAUUCCUGUCAUGCCAAUCAAGUAUGACACCAGACUGAGCCCCGAGAAAACUUAUCUCCUGAUAGGAUGUCUGGGGGGCCUUGGUAGGAGCAUUUCCAAGUGGAUGUUUUCACGAGGCGCCCGUAAAUUCGUCUUUAUGGGUCGCAGUGGUACCGACAAAGCCCCGGCCCGUCGCCUUGUUGAGAAUCUGCAAUCCUUGGGCGCACAAGUGACAGUGAUACGGGGCGAUGUCGUGAACACUGACGACGUCAACCGUGCCGUUGCUGGCAUAGAUGGUCCGGUUGGUGGUGUCAUUCAAGCUGCCAUGGGUCUCGAUGAGGCGCUCUUUACCACCAUGCCUCGGGACUACUGGCUUGCUGGCCUCAGACCCAAGGUUGUAGGCUCUUGGAACCUGUACAACGCGCUCUCUGGUCGUGAACAGGACCUAGACUUUUUCCUCAUGACCUCGUCGGUCUCAGGCAGUGUCGGAACCGCCACGGAAAGUAAUUACUGCAGCGCCAACUACUUCCUCGAUGUAUUUGCUCGAUACUGCCGCAGUGUUGGUAUUCCCGCCGUCUCGGUCGGGCUGGGCAUGAUCUCUGAAGUUGGCUACCUACACGAGAACCCAGAGAUUGAGGCUCUUCUACUGCGCAAGGGUAUACAAGCAAUCAACGAAGAUGAGAUGUUACAGAUUAUUGACAUCGCCCUGUCUACUACAACAACCACGCCGACGGGCGCGGACAAUACGUAUGAUGAGUUUGCUCUGGGCCACGUGUUGACAGGAUUGGAGCCUUUGGGCCUCAAGGCGCUACGGGCAAAGGGCUUUGAGGGCUCAAGUCCAGUGCUUGGCGACCCUCGUGCCUUUUUGCUCUCAGCCGCAUUGGACGGAUCGAGCGCGGGGACUGGCGCGAGCAGUUCGACCAACGGUCUUGCGGCUGAGGUGACGGAAGCUAUUGAGGCCGGAAGCUCAGUAGAGGAGGCCGUGCUCAAGACAGUCAGCCAAAAAUUCUCGAGCUUAGUCUUAAUUCCUAAGGAUAAGCUGGACGCAACCAAGCCUAUCAGCAGCGUCGGAGUUGACAGCAUGCUUGCGGCCGAGUUCCGGGCAUGGAUUUUCCAGGCCUUCAAAGUGGAUGUUCCUUAUUUGACUCUCCUUUCCCCUGCAGCGACGCUUACGAUGCUUUCAGAGAUGGUUACACAGAAGAUUACGGAGUCGAAGUCCUCUCCCCCUGCUCUCUAAAUAUAUGUUGAAUAGUGGUCCAAGUGGGUCAUUCUAUCCCAGUUUUUACAAGAAUCUAAGACUCUCAAUAUGGAGAUGGGCCCCCUUUAGUAUCAAUUACUGUCUGGU